AUGGCAACAGGACGUCUGGAUAUAAAUGAAGUUGAUGCAACAAGCAGAGAAACAAGAGCGGACACUUUUGAGUACGGUUUGGAUGGAAGUGUUGAUGUUGAAGGCACCCUUGAAGGAUCCGUUUCUGAGGUUGAAACUGAAAGCUUUAAGUCUGCUGCUGAGGAGGUAGACUUUAGUAGGGAUAACUCCCUUACCGCAGCAGAAACUGAAGCCAGUUCGAGCUCAAACAUUGAAAGACAUGAUAUUGAUGCCAGGAUACACUUUGGCUUUCCUUCAACUUCGGAAGAUAGAACUCGGUCUAACUUUACCUUUGCUGCCUCUUCUGCUGCUCAAAGUCAAUUAUCUGCAUCAAAACGCCUCCACAAAAAGAAAAAUUUGGUAAAGGAAGGUCAAGAUACCAAUGUUAUGGUUCCAAAUGUUAAGGUUCCAUAUGCAUCAUCCUCUGCAAAUUUUUUUCCGUAUCCUGGUGCUUCAGUACAUAUGUCACCUAGACGUUCUCAGAAAAUAGACUUGUCUAUCCCACAACAUAAAUAUGGAGAUAAUUCUGGGGUCUGUAAGGAAAAGGAGAUAAGGCAAGAAUCUGGUUCUCCAUCCGCUGAAACAGCUGCAGCUCAGGAAGCAUGUGAAAAGUGGAGACUAAGGGGAAACCAAGCAUACUGUAAUGGGGAUCCGUCUAAAGCCGAGGACUGCUAUACGAAAGGGGUGAAUUGCAUUUCUAGAAAUGAGACAUCUAAAAGCUGCCUUAGGGCAUUGAUGCUGUGCUAUAGCAACCGUGCAGCAACACGUAUGACUCUUGGAAGAUUGAGAGAUGCACUUGGGGACUGUAUGAUGGCUGCAGGAAUUGAUCCCAACUUCCUCAAGGCGCAGGUUAGAGCUGCCAACUGUUAUCUUGCCCUUGGGGAAGUUGAAGAUGCUUCACAACAUUUUAGGAGGUGCCUGCAGUUGGCAAAUGAUGUCUGCGUGGACCGAAAGAUUGCAGUAGAAGCCUCUGAUGGCUUACAAAAAGCACAGAAAGUGUCUGAAUGCCUGAAUCUUUCAGCUGAACUUUUACAAUGGAAGAUAUCUACCAAUGCAGAGAGAGCUUUGGAACUUAUUGCUGAAGGCUUGGUAAUGAGCCCUAGCUCAGAAAAAUUACUUGAAAUGAAAGCGGAGGCUCUUUUCAUGAUGCGGAGGUAUGAAGAGGUGAUUGAGCUGUGCGAGCAGACCCUUGGUUCCGCUGAAAAGAACAACCCUUCAAUAGAUACUAAUUACCAGGCCCUUUCUUCAGAUGGUUCUGAACUUUCCAAAUACUUUUACUUCCGACUCUGGCGGUGCCGUGUGAUUUUUAAAUCAUAUUUUCAUCUAGGGAAACUUGAGGAGGGUCUUGCUUCACUAGAGAAACAAGACGAAAAGGUGUCCACAUACAGGAAUUGGAGAAAAACUUUGGAAUCAUCUGUACCUCUUGUUCUCACUGUACGUGAACUUUUAUCUCAUAAGGCUGCAGGGAAUGAAGCAUUUCAGGCUGGAAGGCAUACCGAAGCAGUUGAGCAUUAUACUGCUGCUUUGUCAUGUAAUGUGGAAUCACGUCCAUUUACAGCUGUUUGUUUCUGCAAUCGUGCUGCUGCGUACAAAGCAUUGGGCCAAAUGACUGAUGCUAUUGCUGAUUGCAGUCUAGCUAUAGCUCUUGAUGGAAAUUAUCAAAAGGCUAUUUCUAGGCGAGCUACAUUAUAUGAGAUGAUCAGAGAUUAUGGACAAGCAGCUAGAGAUCUUCAGAGACUUGUAUCUCUUCUCACUAAGCAGGUAGAGGGAAAAACCAAUCAUUGUGGAACAUCUGACAGAUCCAUUAGCUGCACAAACGAUUUGAGACAAGCUCGUCUUCGUCUUUCUGGAAUAGAAGAAGAAGACAGAAAGGACAUCCCCUUGGAUAUGUACCUGAUUCUGGGAGUCGAACCAUCUGUUUCAGCAGCAGAAAUUAAGAAGGCCUAUCGGAAAGCUGCACUUAGACAUCAUCCUGACAAGGCUGGUCAAUUCUUUGCAAGGAGCGAUAAUGGUGAUGAUGGGGUUUGGAGGGAGAUAGCAGAAGAAGUGCACAAGGAUGCUGACAGGCUUUUCAAAAUGAUCGGGGAGGCAUAUGCAGUACUUUCAGACCCUACCAAGCGUUCAAGGUAUGAUGCUGAAGAGGAGAUGAGGAAUGCACAAAAGAAACGCAGUGGAAGCAGCACAUCUAGAAUGCCUGCAGAUGUUCAAAAUUACCCAUUUGAAAGAAGUAGCAGUAGGCGACAAUGGAGCUACGGCAACUCAUCUGCUAGAGGGUCAGAAGCAACAUGGUCAACCCCGCAUCUGAAUGGUAGUGACCGCCUGACCGUCAAUGGCUUGAGUGACAUUGUGAUUAAAAGAGGGAGAAUGUGUGCAGUAGAGAUGAUAUGCAAAGACGCAAACCAGAAAGUGGUCUUCCCAGUUUGCUAG